CAGUGACGUAGUGCAAGGUUCUAUGUAGGGGAAGAAAAUGCGCAUAUCAGCUGCUUGUGUUGAUGAUGAAAAUUAUGUAAACAUGUCAGAGACACGUAUCGAAGUCGACUUUACACCUCAACCGGUGAGAUUCCAGCUCUCAGUUCCUCAACAGUCAACUUGGGAUGCGGUGAAAGACGCCGUACUGGCAGGCUGCGGAGCGUCCGAAGAAUCCGUGAGGCUAACGUAUGCUGAUGAUGAGGAAGAAAGGAUUCAACUCUCGUCGGACCUAGAAAUGCAGGAAGCGUUUCGUGUGGCUGCAAAGCAAGGAAACGUCCUAAAGAUUCAAGUCGUAGAAACUUCCAAUGUGGGUGGAGCCGCACCGAAAAAAGUAUCCAGGUCGUAUCGCGAGAAGGAGUCCGGGGAGUUCGUGUUUGUAAACGGCAGCGACGACGCCACUGUCCAGGCAAGUCAAACCGAUAACGACGACACCCCGCCUGCCUGGUUCCGUAAAUACGUAACCGCCCUUCGCGAUCAACUAAGAGAAGAAGUCACCGAAGAGGUCUGCAGGCGACUAGCGUCCAACAAGGCCGACAAGUCGACGGACGUGCGGCCCACUGACAAGGCGUUGACGUACCGCGAAGGGGCAACAUGUGGGAAUUGUUUGGACCCUAUUCAAGGCGUCUGCUACAAGUGCUGGGAGUGCCCAAACUUUGACCUCUGUGAGGCAUGCGAGUCUUUGCCGAGCGUUCACGACGCGUCCCAUUCGCUCUUGAAGAUGCGCAAACAAAUUGCCACGCAAGGGUACCGCCGCAAGCGACACAGCGUGGGCAGCCACAGGCCAAUCCGCUCACCGAGCAGGCAGAGUGCCGGCAGGGAAAUGAAGCAAGAGAAGAAAAUUCAGAAACUAAUGAAGAAACUCGAAAAGUACAACCUACGCGACGCGAACGUAUACAGACAGGUGGCGCCGGGCACCGAGAAGUGCCUGAACCUCGAACCGUACGGCUGUGAGUUUGUGUGCGACGACACCAUUCCAGACUGGACCCACGUCCAGCCUGGGACGCGGUUCACCAAACGCUGGAGGGUGCGCAACUCCGGGUACAAGUCGUGGGACAAGAGCGUCAGCUUCCAGUACCGCUGGGGUACCUUGGGCCUCAUGCCCAGCGACACGGCCACGGAAGCCCCACCCGUAGCGUCCAACGAAGAGGGGACGCUCGAAAUUCAGUUCACCGCACCGCUGGAACCGGGGCAGUACCAGACCCACUGGCGCAUGUGCGGACCGGAAGGCUUCUUUGGUCACCGUCUGUGGUGCAACGUCAUUGUUGAUCCCGCACUAACUCUCGAGCCCCAGCUAAAGCACAUGGCAAGUUUGAAGGUCGUCCAAGGGCCCGACGACGACACUGCACCGGAACAGGCGUCAAAGACGGACGACCUUUUACAGCUGAAGACGAAGAUCGUCUCCCAGACCGCGACCCCGUACAACAGUCCCGCGGGCAUGACUCCGCUCAAGUCGCCGGAAACCUCCGACGCCGAGGAUGAGUCAAGUAAGGUUGGCGGAUCUGAAAUCUCCAUCCUCGACAUGCCCCUUCAUCACGACACAGAAGAAUCGGCCAGCGUUCUCAGCCUCAGCAGCGUGGACACGGAGGCGGACUUUGAAGUAGUGCCUCUGCCUCCGUGCUUCAACCUCAACAUCCCCUUCACUGCUUCGGCUGCAGUGAAGCAAGAUGCUGAACACGGGUCGGAAGGCGAUGCAGCGCGGGUGUACGGCCUCGCACCGUCGUGCGAAGUUCUCUGCGAACCCAGCAAAUCCGCCGAGUCUGCGUCGGACGUGCCUCAGGUCCCGCCGCGGAAGAGCACCUUACGUCCGAACAUAUACGACGAUUCCCCGUCGGACAGCGACUCGGGACGUUCCAGCAGCGGAAGCGACAACACCAUCCCGGUACGAUGCAGCUUCACAGAGUCGGUAGAACAGCGGGCACAAAGUAUGGAACUCGCCGAGAAGAAAGAGGAGAACAAAAAGGACGCGGCGGAGGAGGGAGAGGACACCUCCGCAGGAACGUCGCCCGGCAGCACGAAGAAACCCUUCUCCUCUCGAAAGACCUACAAGGUGGAAGGCGUCGGCGAGGCGCUGCCCGAGGCCUGGGUCAACGGAGCGCUCAGCGCGGCCGCUACGGUCUACAACACCGCAAAGACCGUCUUCUCCGGGAUCCAGCAGCAGGACGGGCUCAGCUCUCCGCGGUGGAUUCCCCCCGCGGGCCACAGGGCCGCAAUCAGCCCCAUGGAGAGGCUGCUCGAGAUGGGGUUCGCGAACCGACAGCGCAACUCCGAGCUGCUGCGGAAGCACGACGGAGACGUCCAGCGCGUGGUCGAGGAGUUGGUCAGCAACGAGGGCAACUGGUUGCCUGCGCAUGCGGAGGGACCGCCUUCUCCUCGUCCUUUCAUGUGUUCCUUUGACUGAGGGGAAAAAAAAAAGAAAGCUUUCACCAGUGGUGGAUGUGUGUACCAUUUUUCGCGUUAGUCCACUUAGUUUUAAACUGCUUUAGUGACAGGUGCUAUUUGCUGCAUGCCCUAAACACGAGCCCUUCCUUACCCUAGAAACAAGCACCCCUUUUUGUUUAGUUUAGUUUAGUUUAUCUUGCCCACACUAGGGAGAGGAGGUGUACCAGAUCUUUUCUCUUACCUGCGAUCUGACUUUUUUUUGUUUUGUUUUUCUCCAUGAAGUUAAUGGAAAUCGUUGUUCGUUACUGAAACAGCACAAUCGUAGAGCCUUUCCUGACUAACACCUCCAUUUUUGUGGUUUCACUGGUAACGAGGCUAGUGCGGCAUUCCAGUUUGUAUCUGAGUUGUGAGACAAGCUGUAGAACACCGUUGUUUUAUCCCUUUGACUGAGCACUGUAUCUUGUAGGGAUGGAUGUACGGAUGAUGGGAUAUCCACGCUUGGUUUGCAUUUUAUUCUUAGAAAUGUUGAUGUGUAGGCUGGAGCAGCAAUGUAGGUAUGCACAAUGUAACCUCUGGAAAUAAAAACACAUUUUAAAUGGUC